AUGCAUCGUUCCCCUAGUCAUAGGAACAGCAGCGCUUUCAGUCCCAACGCAAACCCAAAUGAGGAUUGGACCAAGAUCCCCGAUCUUGCGGAGCGUCGGCGCAUUCAAAACCGCAUUGCGCAACGAAACUACCGCAAGAAGCUGAAGCGAAGACUGGAGGAUCUAGAGCGCGGUGCAGCAUCUUCUGCCUCCCCAGAAGCCUCACACGCUGAGCCGGUAGCACGUCCCAAGGCUGCGCCUAACAAGGCUCGCUCGAAACAACAACGAGCCAACAAAGCCAACAAAGCCACCGAGAACAAAGCGCACUCAGUACACGCCUCAACAAGCGAGGGCCCAGCCUCUUACGAGUAUUACAACAACACCACACAAGAUGAACGCGGUAUGUUCGGACAACAAUGUACCCGCCAACUAUCCGCCUCGCCGCCACCAGUCUUCUCCUACCUACCACUACCAUCCUACGACGGCCAUAUUUCGUUCACCGAAUAUGGCGAGCCAGUUGCUAGCGUAGGUCCCAUGGUGAGCGCCCAGGGAAUGUACCGCAAGCCAUACGACGAGGAUAUGAGUCCAUUCGGCAGGAGCUACGCAACAAUGGCAGGCAUCGACCUAGUGCCGCAACAGCACGCAGAAAAAAGCCUUCUGGUACAAUCCUCUUACUAG